CGUCUAGCCGCCACCUCCCCAGGAAUCUCGUUCCUUUUUCGUACUCCAUACUUUGCGAACCACCUUCUACACGUCAAAAGACUAAGUCCUCUUACAUUGUGAAACUACUUCAUCUGCUCAGCUCAACUCCCACGCACUAGCUAACUCCCAACCUCCAAAAUGACACAGCCAGACCCAAACUGGAACCCGCCACGCGGACCAAGAAACCGACACCCACACCGAAGAGGCCACAAUCUAGCAUCGAGUGAUCCAAAUUCUGCCCCGCAAACUACUCAGCCUCAAAGUCAACAUGCGCCGACUCAGAACCCGCAGCGGAACAGCGAUCCAUUCCAAUACGAUGCGCAGACUAUGUCAUACUGGGACGACUCAAGCGGUACAAUCCACGAGAUCUCCAAUGCAACACCCCGAAAUCUAGAUCGAGCAUACGCGAAUAGCUUUGGUGUUGGCACUGAAGUUACACAUGACUGGCAACAGCAGAAUCAGAAUUCUGAUCUCCAAACUCAUGGUCAACAACAAUGGCAUCAUCCAUUCGCAGAAAUCGUCGGCGGUGGACCAUAUACACAAAAUCGAGCGACUCAGACGACAUCCAAGCCACCGAAGAACGAAUCUAGGACUGUUGACAAAGGGAAAAAGACUAAUAGGAGAGAUUUCACGCCGUACUUUGACGCUGCAGACCCGCGAAACCAUGUCGAUUUGAGAAGUCACACUAAAUACAUCCUCCUCGGAACGAAGGACGUAAAUCAAAAGCUGCGUCAGGACACAACCGAUGCCAUCAAGCUAGCGACAGAAAAGCGUGAAAAGACGAAAGUGGAGCAUCCGUUGCCGCCGCUGACUGAACAUGAGCCAGAGAUGUUAGUGAAGAGGAACAGCGCGUCAGUCCCUACCAAAACCCCGGCUUUGCCGAGAUUCAAUAUAGAGAACCCAACAUCGCCGAAGUUUCCAAAGUCUAGGACAGCUUCUUUCAGGAAAAAGGCAGAGACUCAACACAGCAAACCUCUUUCCGCAAUCGACGAAGCCCCGUCUCCGCUUACCACCUCAGACAAGCGACGAAGUGUCGACCGCACACCCACCCUCGACCUUGUCCUCGUACUCCGCACGGAAGAACAAGCAAAAGCGCUCGCGGAACUCGAAGGUGACAUCUCUGCAGACAAGCCUACUGAUGACAGCGAACAACAUAUCCCCCGGGAACUAGUCAAAAGGAUAAGCGACUCAGAAAGCCAGCGUCUCCCUAGAGUCACGUCGCGAGAAGAGAAACGUCAUGCUUCUGAGUUCAUUCCGGUUAUGAAGGUGACAGGGCUGAAUGAGCGGGAGGGGCUUUGUAUGUUGGAUGAUCCGGUUGUUGGGGCGAAGGAGGAGGAGGAGGAUGCGGAUAGCAGUGUGUAUAGUAGCGAUAAUAAUGCGCAGGAAGAUGAGAUUGAGAAGUUGACAAAGGCGAUAGCGGGUCUGAGGCCGUUUCAGGAUCUGCCGCCUCCGUCGCCGAAGAAGAUGAGUUUCCAGCGGAUGAGUGCCGUGCCUGUAGGGUUGAAUGUGGGGAAGAUUGGAAAGGGGAAAGAUGGGUCGGAGGAUGGAGAUGAAUCUAAGCCAAAGCCGAAGGAGUCAGGCGACCGGACUGUGCUUGAGGCGGAGGCGGAGGCGGAGCUCUUAAAAGUUAUCAACGCGACGGAUGAAGGUACUGGGAGAGGCAGCGCAGGUGUGGGAACGUCGCAGGAGAACUCGUCAGCUGAAUCGUUUGCAACGGUUUCUUCGGAUGAUUACGAACAGAUUCGGGCGGAUGAUGAACUUGUAACGGAGCAGAAUGGUGUGAAGAGGCGGUGGUAUAGGGGGUUUCGGAAGGUUUGA